UCUACGCGUCGGAGAAAAUGGCGGCACAAACAGAUCGAGGGAUACCCCUGAGUGCGCUCAGCCCAAAGUUCUUACACACCAAUUCCACCAGUCACACCUGGCCUUUCAGUGCUAUCGCAGAGCUCAUCGACAAUGCCUAUGAUCCAGAUGUCAGUGCCAAACAGUUCUGGAUCGACAAGACUCGAAUAAAAGGCUUGGACUGCCUGACGUUCAUGGACAAUGGAGCUGGGAUGAACUACGACAAAAUGCACAAGAUGCUGAGUUUUGGCUUCAGCGAUAAGCAGGCCAUUAAUGGCCACGUCCCCGUGGGCCUCUAUGGAAACGGCUUCAAGUCAGGCUCCAUGCGUCUGGGGAAGGACGCCAUCGUUUUCUCCAAGACGCGGGACACCAUGUGUGUGGGGCUCCUGUCCCAGACCUACCUGGAGGCCAUCCGGGCCAAUCACAUCGUGGUCCCCAUCGUCACCUUCGCCCGCGUCGGGCACAACCAGUUCCGGGCGCUGUCGGACCACGCGGCCAGCCUGCAGGACAUCCUCCGGUACUCGCUGUUCAAGACGGAGGCGGAGCUCUUCUCUGAGCUGCGCGCCAUCAACGCCACCUGCUCCACGGGCUCCAGCGGCACGCGCAUCAUCGUCUGGAACCUGCGCAGGAUGUCGACGGGCCAGCCGGAGUUUGAAUUCAACGUGAACAGGUACGACAUCCAGAUCCCGGCCGACGUGUUCGAGAGCACGAGCGAGAAGUACAAGCGGCAGGAGCGCCCCACGCAGUCCGUCCCGGAGAGCGACUACUCCCUGCGCGCCUACUGCAGCAUUCUGUACCUGAAGCCCAGGAUGCAGAUCGUGAUCAGAGGGCAGAAAGUAAAGACACAGCUGGUCUCCAAGAGCCUGGCCUACAUCGCCAAGGACCAUUACAGACCCAUCUUCCUGAACAAGCGCAUCCGCAUCACCUUCGGCUACAACACCAAGAGCAAGGAGCAGUACGGCAUCAUGAUGUACCACAGGAACCGGCUGAUCAAGGCGUACGAGCGCGUGGGCUGCCAGCUCAAGGCUAAUAACAGGGGUGUCGGAGUGAUCGGUGUCAUAGAGUGCAAUUUCCUCAAACCAACGCACAACAAACAGGACUUUGACUAUACGGAUGAGUACAGGAAAACCAUAAAUAACCUUGGAGUGAAGUUGGAGGAGUACUGGAAUGAGAUUCGAUACAAGAGAGACAGAGAGGAGCCUAACUGCACAAUCCCAGUGGAGGACACAAUGAAGCGCCCUGAUCAGAACUGGGUCCAGUGUGACAACUGCUUAAAAUGGCGGAAACUUCCAGAUGGCAUCGACUGCAGCCUGCUUCCUGAAAAGUGGUUCUGCCACAUGAACCCAGACCCCCAGUUCAGGACCUGUCACGCGGAGGAGGAGCGAGAGGAUUCUGAUGACGACCAGCCUUCGUACCAGAAAACCUACAAACAACAGGAGAGAUACAACAGGAUGCAACAGGAGAGGAGCAGACAACAGCUGGAACAGGCGAAGAAGAAGGUGGAGAUGCAGAAGAUUGCGGCGCUGGCUCAGCAGAACGAGGCUCUGCGGAGGCAGCAUGAGGACCUGAGGCGCCAGCUCAAACAGUCGGGGACUGCAGCCCGUCAACAUGGAUAUGACUCUCCUGUCUCAAAUCGCAGUCCCCAUACGCUGAACCUGCAGUCGAUCUCGCCAAGGACCAUCGCCCAGACACCUCAUUCCAUCACCAACAGCACACGUGGGCCACUGGGGGGCACUGCGAGCAGCACCACACCUCUCAGCACCACCCGAACAUGUCCACGCGUCACUCCCAGCUCCUCCAACAUGCCCAUCAUCUCCAGCGUCUGCUCCCUCUCCACUCCCUCCAGGAUGAAGAGGACAUUACCCCUGAACCCCGAACACGCAGAGGCCAAGCGGGGCCGGCUGAACGGCCUGCACAGCGGCGCGGAUAAAGCACAGAUCGCCGUCUCCGUGGAGACCUGCCCGUCGUCCCCGGUGAUCAUCCCAGACGACGACGAUGACGACCUCCUGAUUGUGGAGGCGAGCAGCACCCCCAAGCCCCGGGCCCCGAGCUUCGACCUGGCCAAGGUGAAGAGGGAGCGUCGGGUGGGCGAGGACCCCGCGGGGAUGCACAUGGAGUGCAGCGACGACGCGGCCGUGGAGGUCCCCGUGGAAACCGCCGCCGCGGAAACCACUGCCACGGCAACAGCCACCACGGCAACAGCCUCCACAGCCUCCGACACGGCAACAGCCGCCGCCACGGCGACAACCUCCACCAGGGCUGCCUCCUCCUCACCUGCAACACCGUCUGCUGCUACGGCGACAGAGUCUGUCACCACGGCAACAGCUUCCAUAAUCGCAACAGUCUCCACAGCCACAGUGACAGACACCACCACCAGCACAGCCAGCCCUGCUGCCAUGGAGACGACGGCUGCCACCACUGUAACCACGGUAGCCCCCUCUUCCCCUGAACUCCUGCCGCAGGUUUCCACGACGACCCAGACGGACAGGAACCACGAAGUGAAGGAUGAGGAAGAGGAGAAGAAGAAGAAGGCAGAGAGGGAGAAAGAGGAGAGAAGAAAGGAGGGGGAGGCCCCACAGGAAGAAGAGAGGAGGGAGGAGGAGGAGGAGGCAGAAGAGGCGGUGGCGUUGGAGGAGGUGCAGGUGGAGGAGGUGCAGAUGGAGGUGGAGGAGGUGCAGGUGAAGGUGGAGAGAGAGGGGGAUGACGAGAGCAGGCUUGGAGAGAGGGAGGUGGAGGAAGUCCCAGAUAGAGGGGCGGAGCUGCAGGCGGAGGGGGCGGAGCCGGAGAGCGGUGGGGACAGGGCCGGGGCGGAGCCUCCGGAGGCUGCCACGGAGACGCAGGUGAAGGACAGGCUGCUGAUGGAGGCGCAGCAGCAGCAGGACCAGCUGAUGGAGCUGAUGCAGGCCGUGGCCCAGGAGAGAGACCAGUACCAGGCCCAGGUGCACCAGCUCACCUGCCAGCUCCACGACCUGGAGGACCGGCUGGAGGAGCUGACGCACAGCGUGGUGAAGAAGGAGGUCUGCGACCAGGCCACGGGGACCGAGGAGCCGCAGGAGCUCUACCAGAGAGCCAAGCGGGAGGUGGAGGAGCUCCGGCGCGAGCUGCAGGAGCAGGAGGCCAUGGAGCGGGCGGGCAGGAGCUCCCCGAGAGAGGAGGAGGAGGAGACGAAGGGCAGCGAUGAGGACGAGGUGGCGCUGCAGGUGGACGCGCUCCUCAGAGACCUGGACCAGAGCAACAAGGAGCGGGACGAGCUCCAGAUCCAGCUGGAGUCUGUGGAAGAGCACAGGAACAGCCUGCUGUCCCAGUGUGAGCAGCUACAGAGGAGUCUGGAGGACCUGAAAGCCCAGAACGCACCCAGCACUGAAACCCCCCCUAUGGAGGAGCACGCUGGGGACCAGGAGUCGGGCGGGCCGGGCAGCCUCGGGGCGGAGUCUAACGGGUCUGCUCGCCCUGGUGCUCUUGAGAGAACGUUGGACUGCACCGAUGGGGAAAUGCCAAACGGAACCGGCAGCUCCUGUGCCAAUGUGGAUGUGUCGAACGGAGCUGGUGGGCCCGGUGGGGACGGGGAGGUACCGAGCAGAACUGGCAGCCCCAGGGAGGAGGGGGGUCUCCAGAAUGAAGUCACCGAUGACGGCAUCAGCGAGAGGCUGCAGAAUGGAGGCAGCCCAGAUCAGUCUCAGAGGCUGGGGACUCUGAGGCAGGACAUGUCCAGUCUGCUUGCAGCCUGCCUGCCCUCGCUGUACCCAGACCGGGGGAGCAGCAUUGAGCUCACAGAGCAGGUCCUGGAUGAGCUCUUCUCCAGGCUGGCCGCCUGGGACCACGCCCAGUCCUGAGGACUAGCACACCACUCACCCCCCUCCUCCUUUUACCUCCACGUCUGCUUUUUAAUUAUGUUUUAUUAUUUUUUUACAUUGAGAGCAAAAAUUUGACAAAACUGAAUGUAUCUUUUUAACUUUGUACAGUCCUGUAUUUUUCUAUAGUUCCAGGUCAAUCUCUGAUUAUUACUAUUAUUAUUAUGACUCUUGCACUGAGAACACUGGAACCCUUUUUACAGACCAAAAUAUUCACAGAUGGCUUUUCUGUCCCAGGAUUGCUGAUCAUAUUUUUCUUUUGUCAAUAUCUUUAUAUUCUGUCCAGUGAAAGCCGUGUUAUUUUUCUUCUUGGGACAGCUCUUGAGUGGAGUGUGGAAGGACUCAUAACACAGCCAAUCUCGUCCAGUUGUGAUUGUGUUUAUAUUAUGUUGGUCAUUUACUGGGCUGUGAUGUCACAAACCUCCAUCUCUGUGCAAGCAAAUGAGGCUUAAGAGCAAAUGAUUAAUUGCGUUCCGCAAAUCACACUUCCAUUUCUCACGUAUAUCUGACCUUCAGAGUUCAUGUUGUGAUCAGGCUUUCUGUUAAUAUGUUCUGUGAACUUGUAAUUAUUUUAGAAAAUGUUUUUUCAAAACAUUUAUAACGAGCCUUAAGGUUUCCUAAACGCUGUCCAUGCAUACAAAGUACUUUUUUACAGUUGUUCCUUUUGCUGUCUGAUACGAUCACAUCCGCAUUACCAAGGGCCUAAAGUGUUUUCUUAAAAGUUUUAGUUCUUUAUAAUGUCUUCCAGGUGCUUGUAAUCCAGAAGGGAAGCUGCUUUAUAACACGUGCUUUAUUCUGUGCCCUGUCAUAUCCCACACUGCACCACUUCCCAGGUACACAAGGUGUAAUGGUACUGAGGCGUCUCGUCCACCAUUGGCUAAUGCAGCAUCCAAUUGAAACAAGUGAUGGAAGCCAUGAUGUGUCUUUGGUUGAGCAUGGAUUCAGUCUUAAUUACUGUUGAACCCGUGGGGUGAUGGGAGACCCACUCCGGCCUCUGUUUGAGCCUCCUCUUCUCGCUGUGAGAUGGAUGUUGAUACUUACUCCAGUCACUAUGAGACUAUUCAGAACCCUCUUCCUCACGGGCACUCGGCCUUAUUCAUCAAUCAACCCUGCUGAAUUUGAGACUGAAUAAUGUGUUACAAACGUUAAUGUCAAAUGUAAUACAAAAACGUAUCAAGAAAUAAUUAUAGUUAUUACAUUCAUAAAUCUUCUGAAUCUUGUGUUGCAAAACUAAAAUAAUGCAUUUAAAUCACACACCUUUUUGUUAAAUAAUUUAAAGAAAAAUGUUUUUCCUGUGCAUGAUUUGACUUGACUCUUGACAGCAAGAUUACCCUUUGUCACCUCAAGUCUUCCGUCUGAAAGCACACAGCGAAUGACUGGAUUUCAGCAUUUUCUUUUCCUCAUGGCAUAGCUGAAAUGUAUCCAUAGCAAUAGGAAACGGGGUAGGAGAGACAGUCACUUAAAUGCCAGUUGUGAGUUCUUGAAUAUUUUGUCAUAUGUACAGAUUAUAUGAUAAGAGACUAUUUUUAUGGACAAAAAGGGUGCUUUUUGUUGUCCAAUAUUAAUGUUACUUGUGUAUUUUGUUUUGUUUCAUGAAAUAAGACCUGGUUGAAGGGAUGUUGUGUUCCAGGUUUCCUGUGUCUCCCCGCAAUGCUGGCAGCAUGUACAUAGUUUCCCAGAACAAACCGUUUAUAAAAAAUAAUCCUGAUAAGUUUUGAGGUACUAUAGAUGAGUAUUUUGCAUUUUAUUUAACAAUUUGGCCAUUUUCCAUGGGAAUUCAAAGCCAAAUAGAUAUUGGUGAUGGACAGUAAGCCUGAGGUUAAGGGGGGCAUCAAAGGGAGAUUUUCAUAAACGAUGUCCUUGAAGUUUGGGUGAUCUACUGCAGGUAUAAUCGUGUGUGAGUUGAGCACAAAUGAGGACAUCAGUGUAAUGCUACACAAUGCUGCACAACGCUCCAUCCCUAGCAAUAAAUUAGCCGGUUAGCUACAGCAUUUAUUGUCACCUGAAAGGCUGUUAUUUAAUUAAUUUAUCUUCUUUUGUUUCACCAUGGACAAUAAAUAUGGGAAUACAUUGAACAAA